UCUCAUCCCCGCAGUCGCACCAACCGACCGCGUCAAUCGAUACGCUGCGCAGAGUGCUGUGCUGGUGGUGUGCUCGGCCGUUCGCAACGGGCACCAUACAUUCGACUCUAACCUCUCGUGGCGAACGGACGUGUGUGUACGCCCGGUUUCCCCGCAUGCUCGCGGCUCAGUGAGUGGUGAAACAGAAGGCAGGUAGAGAGAGAGAGAGGGAGAAAGCGCAGUGUGAGUGUGUGUGUGUGGUUGGCAAAAAGCGGGACCACGGUGAAGCGGACCGCCGUUCCCUUGGCCCUGCGCUAGCUGUGCGUGUGUGUGGUUUGGUGUGCUGGUGUGGUGUGAGGUGGAGUGAACUUGCCUUUGCCGAGUUCGAGACUCGAGGUGAAAACCAAAAACCAACCAGCCGCAGCAGCCCAACAGCAGGUAGAAGUGGUGGAAGUGUCUGGUUGGAAAGGAAAGGAGUGGUGUGUUCCGGGUGGAUUUUUGUGUGGAGCCGGAAACUCGCUGACCGUUCAGCAAAGGAAGCAUAUUGUGAGCGCCCGUGCGCGCUUGAGUGUGUAUUGUGUUUUAAUUGAAGUUAAAAUUAUAGCAAAAAAAAAAAACAACAACACCCAUCAUCAAACUCACCAAUCAACUGUGCUAAAAACGCAACGCAACUGACUUCUAUCAAAACAAAUAACAUCGCAGCAAAAGGAGAGUGCUGAGUGACGCGAAAGGAUUAAAUCCGCCGGUGGACAUCUAAUGCUGAGCCAAUCGAUACGGAUUCGAUUGCGCUAGAGAGGAAGCGAAAGAAGAGUCCGCUGAAGAUCCGAAGUGAUCUUCCCGCUUAGGGUUCUUCCCGACACAACAGACACGCAGAGGAGUGUGUGGUGAUUCUGGUGAUCCGAUCGUCCUCCAGGUGAGGACAGCAGCUCCUCAUCCUCUCCGCUCCCCCCCCGUGAUCUCCCCAACAUGCGGACGACACACAGUAGUAGUGGGUCCGCCCCGGCGACCCAGCUGCUUCUGGCGGCCGCCGUCGUGCUGAUGCUCAACGUCCUGACAGUGCACAGUUUAAUACACUCGCCACCGCGCAUCAUCAAGCAGCCGCCCCCGGACGAGAUGCUGUUCCAGGUGGCGCAGCAGGGCGAAAGCGACAAACCCUUCCUGAUCGAGUGCGAGGCGGAAGGUGAACCGACACCGAAAUACCGUUGGAUCAAGAACGGCAAAAAGUUCGAAUGGCAAACGUACGACGACCGGAUGUCCCAGCAGCCGGGGCGUGGUACGCUGGUAAUUACGUCACCGCGCGACGAAGAUCUCGGCCAGUACCAGUGCUUCGCGGAGAACGAGCACGGUACCGCCACCUCCAACUCGGUGUUUGUGCGCAAGGCGGAGCUGAACUCGUUCAAGGACGGUUCGCCGCAAACGCUGCAGGCGGACGAGGGCAAACCGUUCAAGCUGGUGUGCCAGCCGCCGGACGGCUGGCCGAAGCCGAACGUCUACUGGAUGAUCCAGAACAUGGACGGGGGCAUCCGGAGCAUCAACAACUCGCGCAUGACGCUCGACCCGGAGGGCAACCUGUGGUUCUCGAACGUGACGCGCGACGACGAAUCGAACGACUUCUUCUACGCCUGUGCCGCCUCGUCCGUGUUUCGCAGCGAGUACAAGAUCGGCAACCGGGUGCUGCUGCAGGUAAAGCAGACGGGCAUCUCGGCGGCCCAGAACCGGCACCCGCCCCAGCGCCAGUACGUGUCGCGCAAGAACGAGGUCGCGCUGAAGGGCAAGCAGAUCGAGCUGUUCUGCAUCUACGGCGGCACGCCGCUGCCCGAGACGGUCUGGACGAAGAACGGGCGGGCGAUCGUGUGGAACGACAAGAUCCAGCAGGACAACUACGGCAAGUCGCUCAAGAUACGGCGCGUCUCGUCGGAGGAUGCGGGCACGUACACGUGCGAGGUGUCGAACGGCGUCGGGCAGGCGGACUCGUACUCGAUCAACCUGGCGGUAAACGCGGUGCCGUACUUCACGGUCGAGCCGGAGAUCGUGAACGCGGCGGAGGGCGAGACGGCCGAGUUUAAGUGCGAGGCGGCCGGCAACCCGAAGCCGAACAUCAUGUGGAUCCACAACGGCAAGCAGAUCGACGUGAGCCAGAGCAAUGCGCGCCGCAUCGUCGGCUCGUCCAGCAUCUACAUCAGCAAGCUGCAGAAGAGCGACACGGGCAACUACGGCUGUAACGCGACCAACUCGCUCGGCUACGUGUACAAGGACGUGUACCUGAACGUGCUGGCGCUCGCGCCGGAAAUUACCGACCCGCCCAAGCGCGAGUUCACCGUCGACCAGCGCAACGUGACGAUGACGUGCCGGGUGUUCGGUGCGCCGAAGCCGCAGGUCAAGUGGCUGCGGAACGACCGCGAGCUGACCGGCGGCCGGUACCAGACGAUGCCGAGCGGCGACCUGUUCAUCCGCGACGUGAAGUUCGACGACGCGGGCGAGUACACGUGCCACGCGGUGAACAAUCUCGGCAGCAAGUCGGCGUCCGGCGAGCUGAUCGUGAAGGAGCGCACGGUCAUUAACGAUCCGCCGCAGGACUACGAGGCGGAGGCGGGCACGACCGUCACGUUCCGCUGUAACGCGAUCGCCGACUCGUCGCUCGAGCUGACGAUCGAGUGGCUGACCAAGGGCGAGAUCAUCGACUUCGAGAACCAGCCGCGCUUCAUCCGCACCUCCGACAACUCGCUGAUGAUUUCGAAAACGAUCGAGCUGGACACGGGCACCUACACCUGUCUGGCCCGCACCGACCUGGACGAGGUGAUGGCGAACGCGACGCUCACCGUGAUGGACCGGCCGAACCCGCCGACGCUGACGCGCGUCAACUGCAAGGGCAAGGUGGCCCAGAUCGAGUGGAUCUCGAACGGCGACAACCGGUCCCCGAUCCUGAACUACAUCAUCGAGUACAACACCUCGUUCACGCCCGACACGUACGACGUGCUGUCGGACGACGUGCCCGGCACGGACUUUGCCUGGACGGUGAACACCACGCCCUGGAACAACUACACCUUCCGCGUGAUUGCGGUGAACAAGGUCGGCCGGUCGCUGCCGUCCGGCCACAGCGACGUCUGCACGACCGAGUCGAGCGUGCCGUACAAAAACCCGGACAAUCUCGAGGGCGAAGGCACGACGCCGACCAAUCUCGUUAUUAAGUGGCGCCCGCUCGCGCAGGUCGAUCACAACGCGCCCGGUCUGCACUAUCGCGUCUACUGGCGGCGGGACAUACCCGGCGCGGAGUGGAACUCGGCGGACGUGCGCGACUGGCGCCAGUCGUCCUACACGGUCGAAGGUUUGCCGACGUUUACGCGCUACAGCGUGAAGGUGGUGGCGCUGAACGAUCGCGGCGAAGCGAACUCGGGCCCGUGGGAAAUCAUGGCGUACAGCGGGGAGGAUACGCCGCUCGAUGCGCCGGCCAACUUUACGCUGAUCCAGGUGACCACACCGACGGCGGCCAUCCUCAGCUGGAACCCGGUGACGCCCGAAUCGCUGCGCGGCCACUUCAAGGGCUACAAGAUCCAAACCUGGACCGAGGCGGAUGGCGAGGAGAAUCUGCGCGAGAUACUGAUCACCCCCGACUCGAAGCAGGCGCUCGUGACGGACUUCGUGCCGGACGCGACCAACUACGCCCGCAUCCUCGCGUACAACGGCCGGUACAAUGGGCCGGCCAGCACGACGCUGUCGUUCGACACGCCCGAGGGCGUGCCGAACACGAUCCAGGCGCUCGAGGCGUACCCACUCGGGUCGUCCGCGUUCCUGCUGCGCUGGAAGAAACCGCUGCAACCGAACGGCAAGCUCACCGGUUACCGGAUCUACUACGAGGAGGUGAAGGGCACGACGGUCGGCCCGCGGAUGGAGCGCGAACCGCACAUCUCCGAUCCGGCCGUGCUGGAGGCGAAGCUGGGCCGCCUGAAGCCGGCUGCCAAGUAUCGUAUUCACGUCGUCGCCACCACCAAGGCUGGUGAAGGUCAAGACUUCUACAUCGAGCGGGCCACCUCGUCCGGACUGGGUCUGCCGCCGGACGUACCCAACUUCUACUGGGAAAACAUCCGGUCGGAGAACGGGCUCGCCAACAUUAAGGUCGUGUGGCAGCCGGCCCUCGGCGGCAAGGCUGGUUCGCACUUCUACGUCAAGUACCGCGUCAAGGACGAGUCGAGCUGGCAGACGACCGAUCCGGAGCUGUACGAAAACUAUCUGGUCGUGCACGGCAUCAACCCGGACCAUCUGUACGAGUUCCGGGUCGUGUCGGUCGACGGCGAAUAUCAGACGGAAUCGGCCACGCAGGAAGUCGACACCUACGGCAUCCAGAGCUCCGUGAAGGUGCCGGGCGAUAACAUUGCGACGGCCGGCUGGUUCAUCGGCAUGAUGCUGGCGAUCGCGUUCCUCAUACUGGUGCUGAUCAUCAUCUGCAUCGUGAAGCGCAACCGGGGCGGCAAAUACGACGUGCACGAUCGGGAGCUGGCCAACGGCCGCAACGACUACACCGAGGAGGGCGGCUUCCCGGAGUACUCGCAACCUGUUUUACGUGAUUACAGUUUGGACAAUAAAAGCCAGGGCCGACAAUCGCUGAACUCGCAAAAAGUAGGACCGGAAAGUGAUACAGAUUCCAUGGCGGAAUACGGUGAAGGUGAUACAGGUGGCCAGUUCACCGAGGAUGGCUCCUUCAUUGGCCAGUACGUGCCGGGCAAGCCGCCCGUUAGCGCACAGUCGACGCCGCAGAAUCCAUCGCUCCAGGGCGCCAACGCAGGCAUGGCAACGUACGUCUAAAGUGUGUGCUCGUGUGCAACCACACACACACACGCGCGCGCGCGUCACAAGAUCAUCUUUCACCCGGGCAGCGAGCAGCCUCGACUACCGUGUUUAAAAGCGACAGCAGCAGCAACAGCAGCACAACACACGCGCUUGUAGCACACUUCGAAGCCACUCACUCGUGAGGAGAAACUAUUUGAAAAUGUUAGGAAAUACUUAAUGGAUACAGCGAGAGAAAGAGAAAGGGAGAGAGGGCAAGCGAAUGCUAGAAGGGGAGGGAUUAAUUUGCAAGACACUGCCCGCGCAUCUGAUGAAAACGUUAAGAAUUUAAUCGGCUUUGAGGUAGAGUAAAACUUCCCUCCAUCUCUCUCGCUCUCUAUCUCGCUCUCUUAAUGUAAUUCCGUUUUUAUUUUGCGUUUCUCGGUAGCAGAUGAGUGAAUAGUAAAUCACAAGACACAAAAGAAGUGGUUAGGGGAAAGCGCUUUUAAAAACAGAAAGCUGUUGACGAUUGCUAGCAAAAGUAUUAAACAACGUAGCGGCAGGAGAAGGAUAUGGGAAAAGCUUGUCGCGCCAAACCCCAUUGUCAGUGAACGAUCAUCGAACCAUACAGAGAGCGUGGAGGAAGAGAAACAGUAGAGAAAGAGGAGGGGUGUGUUGUGGCGUUUUUCCUUUUUAUCCCUUUCAUUCUUUCAGUACCACUUGGUGUGAAACGAUCGCAAAGGAUGCGAGAAUCGCUUGAUGGUGUAAUAUUGUUUGAUUUUCUAUUCAUUUUCCUUUUUUUCAUUUUUCUCAUGAAUACCAUCUGGUUUAAGAAUCUCAGCGUGUGAAACGUCUAGAAAGCUCAAGGGCGGCACAGGCGCACAGAUUUAGCAAUCGUUCGUAUUUGAGGCCUUUGCCCCGUGUGUGUGGGAGCCGCCCCGGUAAGCCUAAUGAUUCUGUGCAUUAGCGAAACGCAUACACAUAUACAGAAAAUCACCUCACUUUUUUAUCAAAGACUAGAAACUGAAUCUCAAUAAUAUUUUUUUGUUUUAUUUCGACACAUGAACUCCGCGCACAAUAAAAAUCUCGUUCGUUUGCAAAACAUUUCCUUUCCAAAACACGGUAAAAACACGAAAAAGGAUGCAGGACAAGGUGUGUGUGUGGCGUUGCUGUGUUAGGAGUUUUUGCGCGAGGGGGUUCAGUUCAACACAAUCUUGAAACUUUGUUACGUCCAAAUUGUAAUAUCUUACGUGUAAAUCUUACACUCACGCUCUCCACGAUUUUACGAUUUUACGCUACGUGUUGUUGUUCGUAUAGGUUGCGAAAACCAAACUCUGAGACGCCUUUUUUUUGUAGGAAAAGUAAAACACGAACUCUCUCUUAUUUUGACUAUGAAUAUUGUUAUCGUCGCCCUAAGUGUUAGUGCAGCUUCAGUUGCGAAAAAUAGCGAAACCCAACGGAGGCAACAACGAAACUCUAGAUUUGUGCAGCUAUAACUACUAAGUGUCAGGUUGUUGUUAUAUCUUUACGUGUACUUUCUCUCAUCCCCCGCUCCCGUUUUUCGCUUGUUUUGUAAACCUUUCGUGGUGUAAACCCCCGGUCCGAGCGAAGUGUGUCGCUUUGGAUGAUGGUGCCGCUGCCACGGAAAACAGUGCCUGUGCCUGUGGUCUUUAAGGCCUCCAAAUAGGGCUGUUGUGCUCUGGGGAGGGCGGAAGUGCCCAAUACAAGUGAAACGAAUCUCUUCUAACAGCACACAGAAGGAACAAAAACAGCAACAAAAAAGCUCCCGUACAAUAUAUAUAUAUAUAUAUAUAACAUAGUAACGAAACGAACGAACCACUCGGGCGUCGUGUUAGCAAACCGUGUGUCGGUUUUAUGUAAGAACUUGCGCGAAAAGUAAUCGAGAAAAACAAUAUUUGUUCUUUCACUUCCCAUUAAACACUCUCCCAUACGACAGCAGCACACACCCGUUGUGCGAAAGCGCGAAGCAGAAAAUCUUUAUCUUUAACAUAAUUUAUAAAUAAAACAUUACUAGGAACUGUA